UCUUUUUUUUUUUUUUUUUUUUUUAAUUUCUCAAAAACACCUCUUAAACCCUUCAAUUGGCCUAAAACCCCAAAGAAACUUGGGAUUUUUCUCAUAUAAAAAUUUCUUCUUUUACUUCAAAUUUUACAUAGUUAGAUUCUCUAAUACGAUCUUCUUCUCAGGACAUUCUCUUAAUAGUUUUUAAAUUCCAUUUGGAGAUAUAUCCACCAAAGCAUGGAUGAUGUCGACAUAGAAUUGGAUGAACUGGAAUUAGUUGCUGCUGCUGCUGGUUACCACUACUAUAAUAGUAUAACUAGGCAGUCUUCUCGUAGUUCAACUCCUAAAGGAUCUGGGUUCUUGAGCGAACUGCUCAGUGCCGACGAGGAUGUGUGUCGGGAAAUGUUAAGGAUGGACAAACAUGUUUUUCAGAAGCUAUGUGACAUCCUUCGACAAAGAGGCAUGCUACGUGACACUGCUGGUGUUAUGAUAGAGGAGCAAUUGGCAAUUUUUUUGAACAUUAUUGGCCACAAUGAACGCAACAGGGUAAUACAAGAGCGUUAUCAGCACUCUGGUGAAACAAUAAGUAGGCAUUUUAAUAAUGUAUUGAGGGCAGUUAAGUCAUUAUCCCGCGAGUUCCUUCAACUUCCUCCAGUCAGCACUCCUCUCCAGAUCCUUGAAAGUAAUAGAUUCUACCCGUAUUUUGAGGAUUGCAUUGGUGUGAUCGAUGGCAUGCGUAUCCCUGCUCAUGUGCCAGCCAAGGAUCAAUCUCGAUUUCGUAAUAAGAAGGGUAUUUUGACACAAAAUGUAUUGGCAGCUUGCACAUUUGAUCUCCAAUUUAUAUUUGUCUACCCUGGUUGGGAAGGCUCAGCUACAGAUUCACGGGUCCUGAGAGCAGUUCUAGAUGAUCCUGAUCAAAACUUCCCUCCAAUUCCUGAAGGGAAAUAUUAUCUUGUUGAUACAGGUUAUGUAAAUAUGGAUGGAUUUAUUGCUCCAUUUCCAGGAAUUCGGUAUCAUCUACCUGAAUAUCGGGGUGCUAAUCUAUUGCCUAGAAACGCAAACGAGUUAUUUAACCACCGGCAUGCAUCACUUAGAAAUGCCAUUCAGAAAUCUUUUGAUGUGCUGAAAACAAGAUUUCCAAUUCUCAAACUUGCUCCUCAAUAUGCUUUUCACACACAGAGGGACAUUGUUAUAGCUGCAUGUGUUAUUCACAAUCACAUCAGGCGUGAGGACAAGAGUGAUUGGUUGUUUAAAGAAAUUGAAGGAAGAUAUGUAGAAGAGUUGCCUGAUUUAGAUGAGAAUUCUGAUCCACACUUGGCUUUUCAGAUACAAGAACAGAGUGCCUCCGCGUUUAGAGAUUCCAUUACAGCAGCAAUGUGGAAUGACUUUAUCAGUAAAUGGGAUGAGUGGUGAUUCAUGCUUCUUGGAGAAAAGUUUGUACCCCAUAUUCACAAUCUACUUUUUUUUUUUUUUUUUUUUUUUUGUAAUUUAUGACGGGGUGUCUGGGCCAGCUUGCGGCACACCUGGACUAAUUGCAUUAGGUACGUGUUGCAUCCCACCAGCACAGGUACCGGGGUAAUCUAAUUUAGAACCUUAUAUGUAAGAUACUAGAUGCUGAAUGUUUGGACCUGAAUAGAUUAUUGGAUAUGAUAUCAGUGGGAAAAGGUAGAUUUGGUGCAUACCAUGGGAGAAGCAUUCAUCUUUUGCUUUGUAAUAGUAAGUUGUAAUAGCAAAAUAGCAUUGAUCAUUCAACUUGAGAAUCAUCCCCUUUUCCUUUA